UCUACUCGUGCCUCGCCUGCUUAUCCCCGUCUCUUUUGAUUAGAUUUACCUGCUGUUUGUUUAUACGUACGGCAAAAGCCGUCGCCGGCAUCAAAUCUCCGGCACACUCAUCACCGCCCAAUCUGAUCUGAUAUCGAAUCCCACGGCUAGCCCAUGUCGGUGUUAGACGAGGAAGACGAGAACUUGGCUCAUUUCCUCGAAUCGGAGGUCCUGUCCGAGGUCUCUGAUCAGGAAGAUGCGAAAACAGAGGGAGAGCCCAAAGCAAAGAGAGUUCGUGUGAAUGAGAAUGAGAAUAAGGAGGGAGGGUCUUCAUCAAACAAUAACAACAACAAGAGAAGCAUGCUAAAGAGGAUUGAGACGGGGCUUCUUAGCAAAAUCCCUCCUGAGCUCUUCCCCCACAUCCUCAAAUUCCUCUCUUCCGAGGAUCUUAUAGCGUGCUCGUUGGUCUGCAGAUUCCUAAGUAAUGCGGCAUCUGAUGAGUUUUUAUGGCGUCGCUUGUACUGUAUGAGAUGGGGUUUAUUGGCCCCUACCACAAAGUUACGUGAAUGUCCUUGGAAAAAGCUUUAUAUUCAGCGUGAUGAAGAGGACAUGGUUGAACUUGUUAGAAAUUGCCCAAUCGAGUUUAAAGAGUACUACAUUCAAAUGCAAGCGGCCAAGAGAAGCCAAGCGCCUCUUCCUUCACAGGUGAAUGAUGACCGAAUAAUUCUUGACAAGACAGUAGCUGAUCAAGUGUCUACGUGGAAAAGCAGUAGGGGCCUGACUGAUAAGGUUGUCACUGACCAUGCAUGUUCUGGAGAAACAUGUUCUUACUACCAUAUUGGAGAUGUAUUUAUUUGUGAGAAGACUGGACAGGUUCACGUCUGUGAUGAUACAUGCAAAGAAGUUGUUAUGGAUCCCACCAACGAGCUUUUGGUCUGUACAAUAUCUGGGCAUUGUUUUGAUAGGUUACUUUCACCAUCCGAAAUGGAGCCAGAUGCUGAAGUACAACAAGGUGGUGUGACAGAUGAAGCAGAACCAUUCAUGGGCUCUGGCCGCUUUGCACGAGCAUAUCUGUUAGGAUAUAAUUGCGCUGAUGAAAAGGAGCUGGAAGCUGCUUUGCGGUUUUGCUGAACCAACUAUGGGUCUCUUGCCUGUAUUUGGCAUGUUCAGAAAUGACAGUGAAUGUAAAUUUUUUACUAUUUGGAUAUUGAAGAUUGCUGGGGACAAUGAUGUUUAUGCAUUUAGUGAUAACUCCAAGUGUUAGAUUACAUAACAGGAAGUAUUGUUAUUGUUA